CUUCUAGAAGAGGGGGAUGAUGUGAAAGGUCGAUCUACAUUGAGGUCAAAAUUAGAACUUCCGGUGCAGGCAGUACUCAAUUUGCAAGUCCCUGUGGAGCACUCUAAGGAAGUCAGUGAUUGCAAGCAUCUGAUUAAAACCUUGGUUAUGGGAAUGAAAACCAUAAUAUGGAGCAUCACCCAUGCGCAUUUGCCGCGAUCACAGGUUUCGGCAUCCACCCAGGGAACGCCUCCUCAAGUUCUUGCCUCAGCAUCAACUACUUCAUCAGUACCUCAACCUUUUAAAGGAAUGAGAGAAGACGAGGUUUGGAAAGCUUCUGGUGUGCUUAAAAGUGGUGUUCAUUGCUUGGCAUUAUUCAAGGAGAAGGACGAAGAGAGAGAAAUGAUCCACCUUUUUUCCCAGAUUUUGGCUAUUAUGGAACCACGAGAUUUGAUGGACAUGUUCUCCUUAUGCAUGCCUGAAUUGUUUGAGUGCAUGAUUUCUAACACACAGUUAGUCCACAUAUUUUCAACCCUAUUGCAAGCACCAAAAGUUUUCAGACCAUUUGCAGAUGUCCUGGUUAACUUCCUUGUAAGCAGCAAACUUGAUGUCCUUAAGCAUCCAGAUUCACCUGCAGCAAAGCUAGUUUUGCAUCUUUUUCGGUUUUUGUUUGGUGCUGUCGCAAAGGCUCCUUCAGAUUGUGAGCGCAUACUGCAACCUCAUGUGCAUGUUAUUAUGGAAACUUGCAUGAAAAAUGCAUCCGAGAUUGAAAAACCCAUUGGUUAUUUGCAACUCCUUCGUACAAUGUUCCGUGCCCUUGCAGGAGGAAAAUUUGAACUUCUAUUGCGUGACUUGAUUCCUAUGCUGCAACCCUGUUUGAAUAUGCUAUUGGCUUUGCUUGAGGGGCCUAAUGGUGAAGAUAUGCGGGAGCUUCUGCUGGAGCUUUGCUUGACCCUUCCUGCACGAUUAAGUUCACUGUUACCUCACCUUCCUCGCCUGAUGAAGCCUCUUGUUAUGUGUCUUAAAGGUAGUGAUGACCUAGUGAGUCUUGGUUUAAGAACACUUGAGUUUUGGAUUGAUAGUCUGAAUCCUGAUUUUUUGGAACCAAGCAUGGCAAAUGUCAUGUCCGAGGUGAUUUUGGCAUUAUGGUCUCAUUUGAGGCCUGCACCUUAUCCUUGGGGUGGGAAGUCUCUGCAGCUCCUUGGAAAGUUAGGUGGGCGUAAUAGGCGUUUUCUCAAAGAACCUCUUGCUCUUGAAUGCAAGGAAAAUCCUGAGCAUGGGCUUCGUGUGAUCCUUACAUUUGAACCGUCCACCCCAUUUUUGGUGCCUUUAGAUCGUUGUAUAAAUCUUGCGGUGGCUGCUGUCAUGCAAAGAAGUGUCAUUGUGGAUGCUUUCUACAGAAAACAAGCUCUGAAAUUUCUUCGUGUAUCCUUGUCCUCUCAGCUUAAUCUUCCUGGUAGCGCUACUGAUGAUGGAUUGACUUCUAGGAUGCUAUCGACCUUGUUAGUUUCCUCAGUUGAUCCAUCUUGGAGAAGAUCAGAGACAUCUGAUAUAAAGGCUGACCUGGGUGUCAAGACAAAGACUCAACUCCUUGCUGAAAGAUCUGUUUUUAAAAUUCUUCUUAUGACCAUUAUCGCGGCAAGUGCUGAAGCGGAUCUGCAUGAUUCCAAGGAUGAAUAUGUCAUUAGCAUCUGUCGACAUUUUGCCAUUGUAUUUCAUAUAGAAAGCUCUGCCGCCCAUGGUUCUCUUUCAGUUACUCCAGUUGGUGCCUCUGUGCUUUCAUCUAGCACCAGCAUUAGUGCAAAGUCAAGAUAUAGUACUUCUUCCAACCUGAAAGAGUUGGACCCUCUUAUAUUUUUGGAUGCUUUGGUGGAUGUCCUGGCGGAUGAAAAUAGACUGCAUGCCAAGGCAGCUUUAAAUGCACUAAAUGUGUUUGCUGAGACCCUUCUUUUCCUUGCUCGCUCGAAACAUUCAGAUGUGUUGAUGUCAAGAGGAGGUCCUGCCACACCUAUGAUUGUCUCAAGCCCAUCAAUGAGUCCUGUAUAUUCUCCACCUCCUAGUGUUCGUGUCCCUGUGUUUGAGCAGCUUCUGCCCCGUCUUCUGCAUUGUUGCUUUGGAUGUACAUGGCAAGCACAAAUGGGGGGAGUCAUGGGGCUUGGUGCUUUAGUUGGGAAAGUCACUGUUGAAACUCUGUGUGCUUUCCAAGUUCGUAUCGUGCGGGGACUUGUUUAUGUCCUCAAGAGACUUCCUGUUUAUGCCACUAAAGAGCAAGACGAGACCAGCCAGGUGCUUACACAAGUUCUUCGUGUGGUGAAUAAUGUUGAUGAAGCAAAUAGUGAAGCACGGAGGCAAAGCUUCCAAGGAGUUGUUGAAUACUUCGCAUCAGAGUUGUUUAAUCCUAAUGUGUCUAUUAAUGUGAGGAAGAUUGUGCAGUCUUGUUUAGCACUUUUGGCAAGCAGGACUGGUAGUGAGGUUUCUGAGUUGCUUGAACCCUUAUACCAACCUUUGCUUCAGCCUCUUAUACUACGUCCAUUACGGUCAAAGACUGUUGAUCAACAGGUGGGGACUGUUACAGCUUUGAACUUUUGCUUGGCCUUGAGACCUCCACUUCUAAAGUUGACUCAGGAGCUGAUCAAUUUCCUGCAAGAAGCAUUGCAAAUAGCUGAGGCUGAUGAAACAGUAUGGGUUAUGAAAUUUAUGAAUCCUAAGGUAGCAACCUCGUUAAACAAACUGCGCACAGCCUGCAUUGAAUUACUCUGCACUGCUAUGGCGUGGGCCGAUUUUAAAACCCAAAAUCAAUCUGAGUUGCGUUCAAAAAUUAUUUCAAUGUUCUUCAAGUCUCUGACAAGCAGAAAUUUAGAAAUUGUAGCUGUUGCAAAGGAAGGGUUGCGACAGGUCAUACAACAGCAAAGGAUGCCAAAAGAACUUCUACAAAGUAGUCUUAGACCUAUAUUGGUUAACUUGGCCCACACUAAAAAUCUCAGCAUGCCUCUUCUUCAAGGUUUGGCCCGCUUGCUUGAACUUCUGUCCAAUUGGUUUAAUGUGACCUUAGGUGGCAAGUUACUGGAGCAUCUUAGGAAAUGGUUGGAACCUGAAAAGCUAGCACAGUGCCAAAAGUCGUGGAAGGCUGGAGAGGAACCAAAAAUAGCUGCUGCUAUUAUCGAACUCUUCCACCUGCUUCCCUCUGCAGCUGGGAAGUUUCUGGAUGAGCUUGUGACGUUGACUAUAGAUUUGGAAGCAGCCCUUCCACCUGGGCAGUUUUACAGUGAGAUUAACAGUCCGUAUAGGCUGCCAUUGACCAAGUUCCUGAAUCGGUAUCCAACUGCUGCUGUUGAUUACUUUCUUGCUCGAUUAUGUCAACCUAAAUACUUCAGGCGGUUUAUGUACAUCAUAAGGUCAGAUGUUGGACAACCUCUAAGAGAAGAACUUGCAAAAUCACCAGAAAAGAUAAUUGCAAGUGCCUUUCCUGAAUUUAUUACCAAAUCUGAUGCACCUGCUGGACAAGAAUCUUUGAGUCGGCCAAGCACUUCAACUGGUGAUGAAGGCCUUGCUGCUGCUCAAGCCGAGGCUUCUGUCCCUUCAGUUUCAACCAAUGUGGCAUCUCAGGAUGCUUAUUUCCAGGGUCUUGCCUUGGUGAAAACUUUGGUCAAGUUGAUGCCUAACUGGUUACAGAACAAUCGUGUUGUCUUUGAUACGCUGGUACUGAUGUGGAAGUCACCAGCAAGAAUCUCCCGUCUGCAAAAUGAACAGGAAUUAAACUUAGUGCAGGUCAAAGAGAGCAAAUGGCUUGUCAAAUGCUUCCUGAAUUAUUUGCGACAUGAUAAAACUGAAAUCAAUGUUCUGUUUGAUAUCCUUUCCAUCUUCCUCUUUCGUACUCGUAUAGACUUUACCUUCUUGAAGGAGUUCUAUAUCAUUGAGGUUGCUGAAGGAUAUCCAUCCAACAUGAAGAGAACCCUGCUCCUGCAUUUUUUGAACCUUUUCCAAUCGAGACAACUUGGUCUUGAUCAUUUGGUGGUUGUAAUGCAAAUGCUUAUUCUUCCAAUGCUUGCUCAUGCAUUUCAGAAUGGUCAGACUUGGGAUGUAGUUGACUCUGCUAUAAUUAAGACUAUUGUUGACAAGCUUCUUGACCCUCCUGAAGAGGUCUCUGCUGAUUAUGAUGAGCCUUUGAGGAUAGAGCUUUUGCAACUCGCUACUCUCCUUCUCAAGUAUCUGCAGACGGACCUUGUUCAUCAUCGGAAGGAACUUNUUUAUGCUGAUUUUGG